CUGCGGCGAUCACUUAAAAACCCGCACAAUUUCGCCCGCGGUGGCACUUUGGAAUAGACCACGAGAAGGGGCGGACCGCUUAGCCAGUAUGGAAAUUGUUAUAAGGUUUUUGCAAAGCAUAGCACCCGUCUUCUUGGUCCACGGGAUUGUCGGCAUUAUCGCCUUCUGCGUGAGGCUGUAUAUGCAGGGCGGAAAGUUUAGGAAGCAGACUGAUGAGACGGGAAAAGUGGCCAUCGUUACUGGCGGAAACACGGGUCUUGGCAAGGAGACCGUGAUGGAGUUGGCCAGAAGAGGAGCCACCGUUUACAUGGCCUGCCGCAGCAAAGAAAAAGGGGAGAGAGCUUGCAGGGAAAUCGUCAACGAGACCGGAAACUCCAAUGUCUUCUCACGGGAGUGCGACUUGUCGUCCCUGGAUUCCAUUCGAAAUUUUGCAGAGAACUUUAAGAAAGAACAGAGGGAGCUGCACAUCCUCAUCAACAAUGCUGGUGUGUUUUGGGAACCGCAUAGAUUGACGAAAGAGGGAUUCGAAAUACACCUGGGUGUAAACCACAUCGGACACUUCCUGCUAACCAACCUACUGCUCGAAGUGCUGGAGAGGUCGGCUCCUAGUCGGGUGGUGGUGGUCGCCAGCAGAGCCCACGAACGGGGUCAGAUUAAAUUGGAUGACAUCAACAGCUCUGAAUUUUACGACGAGGGAGUAGCCUACUGCCAAAGUAAGCUGGCCAAUAUACUGUUCACCCGCGAAUUGGCCAAGCGGCUGGAGGGCACGGGUGUGACGGUCAACGCCCUUAAUCCUGGAAUAGCAGACACGGAGAUAGCCAGGAACAUGAUCUUCUUCCAAACAAAGUUUGCCCAGUAUGUGGUAGAAAUCAUUUUGAGGCCGCUCCUUUGGGCCAUGAUGAAGACACCUAAGAACGGGGCCCAGACCACCUUGUAUGCUGCCUUGGAUCCUGAUCUCGAAAAAGUUUCGGGUCAGUACUUCAGCGAUUGCGCUCUGGCUCCUGUAGCUCCCGCUGCCCUCGACGACCAGAUGGCCCAGUGGUUGUGGGCGCAGUCCGAGAAGUGGGCGGAAAUUGCUCUGUAAAUGGGCCACUGGAAUAGUGUGAUUGGGCUAGUCGCCAUUAAAGCCACAAUUUCACAAAAGCGGUGGUUAUUGCAGUACUUACUUAGUACUUAGUAUAAUAGUAUAUACUAGAUUUAAAGGCUUGUACUAGAUAAUAAGAACUAUUAAAGGAUUUGCGAGUCGAGGAACAUGAUAUCCUGUUUCAUAAUAAUA